AUGGUUUCUGACGAGACCUAUGACAUAUGCCUUCCCAUCUUGCAGGAUGCCACCCUGGAGGAUGAGGACAAGACAGACAAGCUAGAGGAGCUGCUCCGAAAGGAGACCAAGCUGCAGGGGCAGGCUCUGGAGAAUGCCGUGUUAGACGCGCUCUGGCGCUUUCGCGAAGGCGGGACCAGCGCCGCCUCUCCACCCCCGAUACGGCAGACCAUCCUUCGCCGUCCCUCCCCUGCCUCCUGGCGCGGAUCCGGCACCCCUCUUUCGGGAUCCCCUCGCCUCGGCGUCAGCCCUCUGGCCCCCCCGGGCUUCGUCCCGACCCCUUUCGCCCGCACCAAAUCCUCGACCGCCUCGCCCUUUGGCUCUCCGCGGCCCUCUCCGCGCCUCACCUUUGCGGCGCCGGUCCCCAACAGCCCCAGCCUGAACGCGUACGAGUUCGCCAACGACCACACCCCUGCCCAGGAGAUCUUUGGCGAUCUGCAGUCGGACAACGUGGACUGGCUCGUCAGCGACGAUGCCGUCAGCGUCACUUCCUCGGUGGGCACCUCGAGCGGCCUCAACGCCGCCGCGCCCGAGUUCUCCUUUUCCUCCUCGCAGCAGACCGACAUGACGCCCUACGACAUCCUGCGCUCGAUCCUGGGCCAGACGCGGACCGACGAGGAGAUCGAGGGCGCGCUGGCGAUGCACGGCUACGACCUCGGCGCGACCAUCUCGGCCAUCAUGGAGAGCCAGGCGGCGCAGGACGGCAUCAUGGCCGCGGCGGCCAUGCCCAUGGAAGAGCCGCAGAACUUGCUCAUCGGCCGGUCCGUCACCCCGGACAUCCGGCCGAGCACGCCUGCCGACCAGAAGUCUGGUGUCAUUUGCAAGUUCUUCCUGUCGACGGGGCAGUGCCUCCGCGCAGACUGCCGCUUCAGCCACGACCUGAGCAGUCACAUUUGCAAAUACUGGGUUGCCGGCAACUGCCUGGCGGGUAAGACCUGUAUCUUCUCGCACGACCCGGCGCAUCUCAUCAACAAGCUGUCGGUGGAUCAAGCCAGCACCCCGCCGCAAAAGGCGGCAAACCUGCAGCUGGGUGACACCAAUUCUUUCCCCUCUCUCCAGCCGGGCACCCCCGAGCAGCUCUCCGCGCUGGCCGCUGCGGGCGGCUAUCCUGCCGUCGGCGUGACGCCGCCUCCGGGGUUCAAGAUUCCCGGAUAUCCCGUCGACAUGUCUCGGCCGCGUUCCCGGCCGGGCAGCAGGCACCAGAACCAGAAGGACGCGGCGCAGGCCGCUCCCUCUCUCGACGACGUGGACGCCUUCCCCACGCUGGGCUCCGCGUCUGCCAAGGCGGGUAAGAAGCACCACGGCAAGCGCGGCGGCCACGGCCACCACAAGGAGACCUUCGCCCCGAGCUCGCUGGCGGACAUUGUCAAGAUGUCGCCCUCGCCCGGCCCCGAGGCCCGCCAGAACGCCAAGAAGAUGGGCAGGAACGGCAGCUCCACGAGCAUCCGGAACGGGGAGAACAGCGCGGCGGCGCAGAACAUCCCGAGCCCCAAGCACAUACCGUGGCUGGAGACGGGGGACAAGGCCAACAAGGCCUACCUCAAGGCUCGGCAGGAGGCCAUCAAGCACGGUGGCCUCAGGAACAAGUUCUUGCAAAGUGCUGCACAAGCCUGGAACCGCAACGACGCGCGCGCGGCCAAGGCGCUGAGCCUGCGGGGCCAGAGCGAGAACGACCUGAUGCGCAAGGCGCAUCGCGAGGCGGCGCGGGAGCUGUACGAGGAGCGUAACAAGCACAACGGCGGCGGCGGCGGUAGUGCCUCGGGCGGCCAGGAGAUCUACGUGGACCUGCACGGCUUGCACUCGGAGGAGGCGGUCGAGUACCUGGAGCGCGUGCUGCUCGAGAACGGCCGGGAGCAGAGGCCCGUCUACGCCAUCACGGGCACGGGCCACCACAGCAAGAACGGCAAGGACAAGGUCGGCAAGGCGAUCCGGGCGUUCCUCAACGAGUGGCGGUACGCGUACCGCGAGUUCUCGGUGCCGAGCGACCGGAACAACAUGGGCGGCAUCUUGGGGAUCGACGCGCGGAGCUACGAUAAGAGCUUGGCGAGGGAUAAUGCGGAUGGCGGUGCGAGGUUGAACAGCAGCGGUGGUGGUGGUAGUGGUGGUGGGAGUAGAGGAGCAAGUGGUGGUGGUGGUGCGGCGCUCGAUGGCGGCGGCAAGGGGAAUGACAAAGAGGGAGAGGAGGAGGAUGUUGAUAUCCUGGCGCAGGGCGUCGAGAUCGGCGAGGGGCGGGUCAAGUUGCUGGUCAGGGACUCGUCGGCCAAGGAGCCGCCGAGGGGGCCUGCUGCCACUCGAGGGGGUAAUAAUGGCGGCCGAACUGUCGACGUCAGCCAGCACGAUAAGGUCCCUCCUCCCCCCCUAAUAGAAGACGGCCUCGAACAGCAUUCGAAACGAAUCAUCAAUGGCUCUGACAAGCUAGCCCGCUGCCAUCUUCUGCUGUCCUCCCACGGCCCUGAUCCGGACAAACCGGAGCUAGACAUACAUCCCAACAAAACGGCCCUCCUGGCAUCACCACCACCACCACCUUAUUCCUCUCAACAUUCCGAGCACAAUGCCAGCAGACUACUCCUCCGCCGCCGCCGCGCUGGCCCUCUCCCCCUCCCCGGAACCCUCCCCCUCCUCCCCUUCCUCCUCCCAGCAGCCGCCGCCACCCUGGAUCCACCCCCGUCGGCCCUCCCACCCGGGCGGCCCGUCCGCCUCGUCGCGCCGCCGCCUCUCGGCGCCCUACCGCAGCCAGUCGGCCUCGUCCCGGAACAAGUCCCUCGCGCGGCGCGCCUGGGACGCGGCCAACGAGUACGGCGAGCGCUUCCGCGCCCUCUGGCUGCGCAUGACGCUCGCGCAGCGGCUGCUCUUCGUCGCCGCCUCGGCCGCCGGCUGGGCCGUCCUGAUCCUCAUGCUCGUCUACUCGGAGCGCAUGUGGGCCGCCCUGGGGCCCCUGGCCAAGACGUGGCGCGAGUCCCGCGCGGGCUGGCUGGCCGUCUGGCUCGCGACCUUCGCGGCGGCCUUCCCGCCCCUGAUCGGCUACUCGACGGCCUGCACCGUCGCGGGCUUCGUCUUCGGGUUCCCCGCGGGGUGGCCCAUCGCCGCGACGGCGACGGUGGCGGGCAGCGCCGCGGCGUUCGCGGCGAGCAGGGGCGUGCUGUCGGGGUACGUGCACCGGCUCGUGGGCGCGGACAAGCGGUUCGUGGCGCUGGGGCAGGUCCUGCGGCGCGACGGCCUGCUCGUGCUCACGGGCGUGCGGUUCUGCCCGCUGCCGUACAGCCUGAGCAACGGCUUCCUGGCGACGAUCCCCAGCAUCAGCGUGUGGAGCUUCUCGCUGGCCACGGCGCUCGCGAGCUCCUGGCGCACGUCUUCAUCGGCUCGCGCCUCGCCAUCAUCGCCGAGGAGGGCGACGCCAUGACGGCCGGCGCCAAGGCCGUCAACUACCUCUCGGCCAUGGCGGGCGGGCUCGUCGGCAUGACGGUCGCCGUCUUCGUCUACCGGCGCACCAUGGCCCGCGCGGCGGAGCUGGCGCGCGAGGAGGCCGAGGAGAUCGCCGCCGACGGCGAGGUCCGCGGCGGCGACGACGAUGACGAUGUGGCGGGGGAGGACUCGGGCCUCAUGAUGGACCCGGACGACGCGGACGCUGCGGCGCUGAUGGUGGACGCGGACGACAUCUCGCUCUGGGAGACGGAGGGGGUGUAUCGGGACGAGGAGGAGGCUGUUGGGGGCAAGGGAGGGGGUGGUAGGUGA